UGACAGGAGACCUUCAAUUUGGAACGAUCAAAAUCUUUUUUUUUCUUGCCAUCCUGGUAAUGAUCCACGGGACUAAGCCCAACGUGGCAAGCUUCGUUGGUCCCCGAGACAUCGCAAGCCCUAAUUGGCCAGUGUGCAGUACGCGGCGAACCGAAAGCGCGGCGUGGAAACAAGGGAAACACAAAAAAUCCCCAUUAAGGAAAUCGAUUCGCUCCACAUCCCCGAAGAGGGAGGAGGGGGAGUGAGUCUAUAUAAACGAGGGGUCGCUCGCCUUCUUACCGUUCCUUUUUCUUCUCUGUUCACUAUCAUCCAUCCUUAUUAAAGAUACCCGUAUAUUCAAUAUCUACUAGUUAAUCGCAAUGGCUCCUCCCGCUUCCGAUCCCGCUGUCUACCAGGCUCACCACGAUGCCUUCGCCGCUGAGGGUCUCCCUACCUCCCCCGCCGGAUGGGUUGAGCGUGCCCAGAAGGUCGCUGGCAUCCUCGCCCCUGACGCCGCUACCCGUAACAUCGAGCAGAAGGUCCCUCACGCUGAGGUCUCUCUCUUGAAGAGCUCCGGUCUCACCAAGAUCCUCGGUGACCCCAAGUACGGUGGUGGUGGCCAGACCUGGGAGGUGGCCUUCCGUGCCAUCCGUGAGCUCGCUACUGGCGAUGGCUCCGUUGGCAUGCUUUUAGGUUACCACUUGCAGUGGUCCUCCCUCACCCGCGUUAUCGGUACCGAGGAACAGAAGGAGCGCUGGGAGAAGACCAUCCUUGAGACCAACUCUUUCGUCGGUGCUGCCGUCAACCCCCGUGACAACGACAGCCGCAUCACCCCCAACGGUGAGGGUCUCGUCUUCAACGGUUUCAAGAACUUCACCACUGGCGGUGCUCUCUCCGACCUCAUCGUCCUCGAGGGUGUCCACAUGGAGACCAACGACCACAUCUUCACCAUCGUCCCCACCAAGCAGCCCGGCUUCCAGUUCGCCUACAACUGGCACAACAUGGGUAUGCGUCUGACCGAGUCGGGCUCCUGCAAGAUCGAGGAGAUCCCCUUCGAGUGGAAGGAUGCCCUCGGCUUCGACGUCGAGGCCAAGAAGCCCAUCAAGGAGCUCCUCGAGUCCCCCUACGAGACUCUCCUUGGGCCCAUCUUCCAGCUCGUCUUCUCCAACUUCUACAACGGUAUCGCCCGCGGUGCCCUCCAGACCGCCAAGGGCUACACCACCACCACCACCCGCCCCUGGCCCUUCACCCACAACCCCCAGAAGAGUGCCCUCGACGAGCACUACAUCCUCGCCAAGUACGGCCGCUACCUCGCCUCCAUCCGCGCCGCCGACGCUCUCUGCGACGCCGCUGGCAAGGAGAUCUCCGACCUGUUCCACGGCUAUGCUGGUAACAAGCUGGACUUGACUGCCCGCCAGCGUGGUGAGGUCGCCGAGUCCGUCACUGCCUGCAAGAUCACCUCCUCCCACAUGGCCCUCGAGGUCACCGGCGGUGUCUUCGAGGUCACUGGUGCCCGUUCCACCUCGGAGAAGUACAGCUUCGACCGCUUCUGGAAGGACAUCCGUGUGCACACCCUGCACGACCCGUUGGCCUACAAGGAGAACGAGCUGGGCCGUUACUACUUGACCAACGAGAUCCCCACCCCUUCGUGGUACACUUAAAUUAUGUGACAUGACGGUUUGGUAUGAUAUGAUGAUAUAUUAGCAUGUAAAUAAUUAGUAGAUUGCAUAAAAAUUCAUGUACAGGUUACGAAUUGCA